AUGGGCUUGCCGGAACCACGUUGCGCCUACGGCACCAAGCCAUCCGAGGAUCGUCCGGCUCAGCGUCUCCUGAACGCCGCCCGUACGGCGCUCGCCCAUGGCGACCAGCUGGAAGCUAGCGACCUGUUCCGCAAAGCCGGGAACUUGUUCAAAUUGGAGCGCCAAUGGCAGGCUGCCGGCACCGCCCUCCAGGAAGCCGCCCGCCUCAAGGCGCCGCUCCAGACCGACGACCGCAGCGACCAGUACCCGACGCCGGACAACCGCCGCGCGGCGCUGACCUGUCUGCAGGCGGCGGCGGAUCUCCUGACGGAAGCCGGGGAUUUCUACGCAGCAGCGGGACACAUCGCCUCCAUGGGACAGCUGCUGCUGACCCACGACAUCGACCGCGGCCGGGGAGUGUGGGGACACCGCUAUGCUAACAAGGCGUGGCUGACCGCCGGGGAGCUGGCGGCGUUGAAGGGCGACUACGGCCGCGCCAUCGCCGUCUUCGAGAUGGUCGCUCGCGCCCACCAUCGGGAGCCGGCCGAACGCGACGACGAGAUCUUCACCGCCGACUACUUCCAGACCGACCGCUUCCCCGACGCGCUCCAGGCCAAUCCCGCCUGUUUCCGGGCGGUGCUGUGCUAUCUGUGUCGCGACGGGCAAUUCGCCGCCAAGAUGGCGCUGGCGAUGGACUACGGCUUGAACCAGUUCACGGCCAAGAGCGUGGAAGGGUUUCGGAAGGCGAGCGACGAGAAGGCGGCGUAUGGAACCGGGAGCACCUACAACUACGGCACCUAUAACAACUACUACUAUAGCAACGACUACUACCGCCUGGACCAGUGGAGCCGGAAGAUAACUGGGUCGCGCACUGCAGGUGCUGCGCGACGCCGAAUACGGACCAGCGCGUUGAAUGCCGACAUUGGACCAAGAGCUUUUCCUUCGAUGCUGUCUAACUAG